AGAGAAGGAGAGCAACUGGAAAAAAAAAGGAGAUGUGCUCUUUGGAGAGGUUUUGCUAAUCCACUGUGAGGCUGGAAUUGGGGGAGAAGGCUGCAAACUUACCAUCAGGGUACCCUAACCUCACCUUAACCUAACCCCCUGCCCUGCUAUGUGCAUCCCAAGCACAGGUAUCUCUGGGAUGUUCUUCCAGAUGUUCUGAAGGCGAGGAUCCCUCCUCUGGAUGCAACGCUUUCCCAAACCCCAGUGGAUCGUGAUGGAGAAAGAUGCUUUUAUUCUUCUUCUUCUUCACUGUUUGCUUUUGGCUGUGUGGGGUAACAGUUGUUUGAUUUCUGCGCUGUCAGCCAAAGAACAUACCAAUCUAUAUAAUGAGUCACAAUCAAGCCAGGCAGUGAAUAAAAACAAGCUCUGCAAUGAGACUGCUAUAUUAGAAGUUAUGCAAAUUUGUGGAAAGUCCUUUGAAGAACAGAUUAACCAGAUCCAUCCCAAGUAUUGGUGUAACUUCACACACAUUGUCAGCCAUUACAGCCGGUUCUCAUUUUGUACAGAAAUGGGGACUGAAAAUCAGAAUUGCUAUUGGCCCAAUCCACAAGUGGAGAACUACAUUAUUUCAGUCCACAAAAUGUUCUUUUCAAACUGUACUUUGGAGACUGUAAUAUUGCAGGACCCUCCUGAAGGCACUCUGAUAAUCCUCAUCGCUGUGCCUGUCUUUCUAACCACAGUGAUGAUAGCACUAGUGGUGUGGUGCAGUAAGAGAAACGACAUACUGGUGUAGAUAUAAAUAUAUGUAUAUUGCACAAAGAUACAACUUUGCAAGUAUUUGUCUUGCUGUACAUUAAUGUGAAUCCCACUGACAAAGUCUGUGGCCUAUUGUCUAGCUGCCUCAGUUGGUGGAGGGACACCCUCCAAUAAUUGUCAUUAUUCACUUCUAAAGUCAAACAUCAGCACAGAAGUUGCUAUAGACUGUAACAAGCGGGCGAGCACAUGGAGCGAAGUAGAUUUGUUUUUAAAGUGCUGGAGCAGGCGUCAGGUACACUUUACUGGAUAACUAAUUCAUUUCACAAGCCAGCCUCAACCCAAAAAAGCACGACCACCUAACCCAUCUUACGGCACAAAAGGAUGAAAUCAGGCAAGAAAAGAGGUUUCUGGAGGCGUUCAGGUGACAAAGACAGUGACACUUACUGAAGAAAUUUUUCCUAAUCCAUUUCAGGAUGACUUCUUGGAGCUCGAGGGUAUGGAGUGAGUUCCAGGAAGGAUGUGGGAGUGGUUUCCAGAGAGGGAGAAGAAUGAUAGGAAACGGGGCUGACUGAUAUCACCAGGAGUGGUACGGGAACUGACAAGUGCUCUGCAUUCCCUAAACGUUUUGUUGCAUCUAAAUCUGAACGUGCUACUCAUCUACUCCCAGUGGAUUUUGUGACUAGAGAGAAAUUAUAACAGAUGGUUGUGUGACAAAUGUGAUGCCAUUAUAGCUCCAAUUCCAUAAGUCAUUUUACAAACAUUUCAAAACAUUGCCUUGACCAAUAGAACACAGCCAGCUUGCUUUCUCUCAGUGUAUUCCUGUGGUGUAAAAUUUACAUAUAAUUACAUAUACUGUACAGCACGGAAACAAACCAUUCAGUUCAACUAGUGCGUGCCAGUGUUUAUACUCCACAUGAACCUCCGCCCAUCCUAUUCCUCUCCUAUUCUUCUCCCAUACCCUUCUAUUCCCCUCUCCCUUGUGUUAGUAUUUAUAAGUGAAGAUUAUUGAGAGAUGUCCUGUCUGUCUCAAACAACUGCUUGUGCUUGUUUAUAAUUUGACCACCUGAAACAAUGGUAGGAAAUUAGAUUGUUCCAUUUAAAGCUAUGCAAGCAUUAAGUAGUUCACUGACCUCCAUCAGCUGACUGUGAUGUACAACAUCCCAUUUAGCAAAUGAUAGCUUUCUUAAAGAAGGAUUGCAUCUUUUUCACAACGUUUUGA